AUGAACCAAUGGCCAUACUUGAGAGGCAUAGACUUGGCGGACAACCAGUUUGGUACGCCUGGAGUUAUCGACGUUCUUAUUGGCGCGGACGUGUGGGGGCGUCUCAUAGAAGGUGAAGUCAUCGGUGGAAGACCAGACGAACCUUUUGCCCAGCGUACCCGCUUCGGAUGGGUGGUGUUUGGUCCAGCAGCAGUGACCUUUCCUUCAACGGAAUCAUUGCUCACACUCACCACUUCGCUAGACACGGAGGACUACCGGUUGGAGGAACUGGUGUCAAAGUUCUGGCAAAUGGAGGAAAUAGCGGUGGUUGACGAUCUGCCACAGCACGAGUGUGAGCAGAUUUUCGAAACCACUCAUAGCCGUACCCUAGACGGCCGUUAUAUGGUACAGUUACCCUUGCGGCGAAAGGCAACGGAACUAGGUGACUCGUACACACUGGCAUUACAGCAAUUUCAUAGACUAGAGCGUCGUAUGGUUGCGGAUCCAGUCCUUAAAGAAAACUACAUUUCAUUUAUGAGAGAAUAUGCAGCCCUUGAUCACAUGGAGAUAGUACAACCACCUUACAAUCACACAAAUUGCUACUACAUUCCUCAUCAUGCGGUCACAGCAAAGUUUCGCGUGGUGUUCAACGCUUCGGCACCUACCAGCACUGGAAUCUCACUGAACGAUGUUCAACUGGUAGGUCCAACGGUUCAGGAUUCGUUGAGUAGUAUACUUUUACGUUUUCGUCGCUAUCGAGUGGCGAUAACUGCGGACAUAGAGAAGAUGUUCAGGCAAGUGUUGGUUGCACCUGAACAUCGCGACUAUCAACGAAUUAUAUGGCGUGAGUCUCCUGCAGACGAUAUCCGAGUAUAUCGCCUGAAGACUAUCACAUAUGGUAUGGCAUGCAGUCCUUACAAUGCAGUACGAACCCUGCAACAAUGUGCGUAUGACAAUUACGCUGUGGUUCCUGACCUACAACAAGCGGCUCGUGCUCGAAGUGCGAUAUUAACUUCGUUUUAUGUUGACGACUUCUUGACAAGUUGUGAAAGCGGUACUGAUGCAGUGGAGCUGGCUACGAACGUGGAUGCCAUUUUAUCUGCUGGAAAGUUCAGCCUAAGAAAAUGGAACUCGAACGAUAGUCAGGUGAUGAUGCGUUUAUCUAAUGAGCCGUCUCUUUCUAGCUAUAUCUUCCAUCCUGGGGAGACUUCCGUUUUGGGCCUAAGAUGGGACGCACUGUCGGAUCAGUUAUUCUUUCGCGUCGAUCUACGUCAAAGAGGAGAGAUACCCACAAAGCGUCGUGUACUCAGCGAGGUGGCACGACUCUUUGAUCCUACUGGAUUGUUAUCGCCUGUUAUCGUUACUGGGAAAAUAUUCAUUCAGAGAUUGUGGUCUGCCGGUCUAUCUUGGGACUCACCAUUACCUGACGAUCUUUGCCGCGAAUGGCUGAAGUAUCGGGCACAGCUUCCAGAGCUUAAUCAAAUUCGAAUCGAGCGGUGGAUGGGUAUGAUUCCACGCAUUGAAACAUCAUUUCACGGGUUUUGUGAUGCUAGCUCACACGCGUAUGCAGCGGUGAUUUAUGCGAAGACGUUGCACACAGACGGUUCAGUACGUUUCACUCUUCUUACGGCACGUACCAGGGUAGCACCACUCAAGGCUACUACCAUUCCACGCUUGGAACUUGCGGCAGCGCUACUUCUUGCCGAAACAUUCCAGAACGUUCGGGAUUCUUUGGGACUAGUUGACGUUCCCUACUAUCUAUGGUCGGACUCAGCUAUCGUACUGUGUUGGCUGAGGAAGGAUUCAGCAACACUAAAACCAUUCAUAUCAAAUCGGGUUCGUAGAAUACAAGAGCUGACAUCCCCCACGCGAUGGCAUCACAUUCGUUCUGCUCAUAACCCAGCUGAUUGUGCCAGUAGAGGAAUCACACCUGGCGAGCUACUGGUACAUCCACUUUGGUGGCAUGGACCUAAGGAGGCAGAGAUGAUCUAUUUGGACAGUAGUGAUGUUCCUCUCAGCAAGGAUGAGUCAGAGGUCUUACUCGCCGAAAAGCGAAAUACGAACAAAUUGAUUGCACUCGUGUCACAUCCACUGUAUACACGUCGUCCAAACGGGCAUGCUAUCCUCUUAACUGAACGGUUCAGUAAUAUCACACGAUUGUUGGGAACGGUGGCCAUUAUUCUACGUUGGUUAAGAAACCGUCGACACCUUCGCCAACCGGUUAUUAGUGCUCAGGAAUUGGAAGACGCACUAUACACUAUAAUCCGUUUAGAGCAACAGGAACAUUUUGCAGAUGAAAUCCGUCAAUUGAAGUCUAGUUCAGGUUUGGCAUCUUCCAGUCGAAUAAUGCCUUUAAAUCCCUUUAUAGAUAAGAACCGAAUCCUACGUGUUGGAGGACGCAUUCACAAGGCUGAACUAGGACAUGAUCAACGAUUCCCUAUUAUUUUACCAAAAUCAACGCCGUUGGUCAAGCUUUUACUACACCAGGCACAUGAAGCUACACUGCACGGAGGAGCGCAGCUCAUGCUACACACUCUUCGUCGCCGCUUCUGGAUUUUGAGUUCCAGGCAAGCAGUCAAAGGUUUCAUCCAUAACUGUGUAGUGUGUCGUCGUCACAGAGGGGAAGUCCUGAAGCAGCAAAUGGCUUCCUUACCCGGGCAGAGGAUUAGAGCCGCUAGACCGUUCAUUUCAUCUGGUGUCGAUUACUGUGGGCCUUUUACAUUACGAAUCGGAACGAAACGCUCUCGAACGCUUAUCAAAACGUAUCUCGCAAUUUUCGUUUGUAUGGUCACCAAGGCUGUACACAUUGAGGUGGUUGAUGACCUAUCGUCACAAGCCUUUCUAGAUGCCUUCACUCGUUUCGUCAGCCGACGCGGUCCCUGUCGGGAUUUAUAUAGUGAUAAUGGUACAGCGUUUGUUGGUGCCAAUCGACUCUUGAAGGAAGACCUUGCAGCAUGGCAGGGUGAGAAUAAUAAGCGAUCGUUAGCAAAUUCUGGCACGCAUUGGCAUUUCAUAACACCCAGUGCUCCGCAUCAAGGAGGCCUCUGGGAGGCGGCAGUGAAAUCCGCUAAGCACCAUUUGAUACGCUGCGUAGGUGCGCAGGUCAUGUGGUAUAGUCAGUUACAGACGCUGGCAGUAAGAAUAGAAGCCUGUCUUAACUCCCGUCCUAUUACACCACUGUACGACGAUCCUGAGGAGAAACUUGCGUUAACGCCUGGUGAUUUCCUGAUUGGGUCUCCACUACUGGCGGUCCCCGAACCAGAUAUCAAGCAUAUUCCUGGCAACCGACUGAAGCAAUGGCAAUGGAUACGUCACAUACAACAGGUAUUCUGGGAGCGAUGGAGUGAGGAGUAUCUAACCUUUCUGCAGAGACGCAACAAAUGGCUUCGGCGCUCGAGGAAUAUAAGGGUGGAUGAUAUCGUCCUAGUCAAACAAGAGAACCUGCCUCCAACUCACUGGUGCCUGGGUCGAGUGACAACAGUACAUCCCGGAGCUGAUGGAGUGGUCCGCAAUGUCACGUUGAGAACAGCUAGAGGAUACAUGAAACGAGCCGUCCAAAAACUAUGUCUUUUGCUAGAGAAGGAAGAUUUCGAGUCGACCGACUCGACCGGGCAGGAUGUUUAG